GUCGGUGAUACAGUAAGCUCGUUCCGUCUGACUGCCGUCGCUAGUUCUCCACCCCACCAUGCCGCCGCCUCUCCCCGCCGCCGGCGGAUCCGCCGCGCGCGCCAUCGCCAUUCGCAUGCUUUCCACAAAUACUGUGCCUGUCGAAGCCGCCUCCCUACCUCACACUCUCGCGUUGCCGCCCAUCGCCCCAUCCCCCGCCGCCGACGAGCUCGCGCGCCUCCUCCUCGCGCACCACAACCCCUUCCACCCGGCCGAGUCCCCGCUCCAGCUCCUCUCCGGCGGCGGCGUAUCCCUCUCCGGGGACCUCCUGGUCCAGAUCCUCCUCCGCCUCCGUGGUGCGUCCAAGCUCGCGCUCUCGCUCCUCCACGCCGCGCGCCUCCACCCGUCCUUCGUCAACACGCAGCCCCGUUCCGACGCCUACGACGCCGUGGUCGACGCCCUCGGCCGCGCGCGCCAGUUCGACGCCGCGUGGCGCGUCGUCGUGGACGCGUCGGCGGACGGCGCCGCUUCUCCACGCACGUUCGCGGUGCUGGCGAGGAGAUACGUCGCCGCGGGUAUGACCAGACAAGCGAUUCGCGCGUUCGACGACAUGGAGGCGUUUGUCAGCAGGGAGCCUGAUGCCGCUGAGUUUGCCACGCUGCUCGACACGCUAUGCAAGUACAAGUACCCCAAGGUUGCUACAGAGGUAUUUAAUAAAAGGAAAUACAAGUACGGGCCAAAUGAAAAGAUGUACUCUAUUUUAAUUUAUGGAUGGUGCAAGGUGAAUCGGAGUGACAUGGCUAAGAAGUUCCUAAAAGAUAUGCUUGUUCAUGGCAUAGAACCAAACAUUGUUACAUACAACAUCCUUCUAAAUGGUAUCUGCAGGCAUGCAAGCUUGCACCCUGAUUACCGAUUUGAUAGAACAGUUCAUGCAGCAGAGGAUCUCUUGAAGGAGAUGCGUGGCAGGGGAAUUGAACCAGAUGUAACCAGUUAUUCAAUCAUUCUGCAUGUUUACAGUCGUGCACAUAAACCUGAGUUGUGUCUCUGCAUGUUCCGCUCGAUGAAAGAAAGAGGCAUUUGCCCCACAGUGGCAACAUACACUUCUGUGAUAAAGUGUCUUUCCUCUUGUGGGAGAUUGGAAGAUGGUGAAAUUUUGCUUGAUGAGAUGGUUGCUGAGGGAGUAUGUCCCUCCCCGGCUACCUACAAUUGCUUCCUCAAGGAGUAUCGGGGAAGAAAAGAUGUGACUGCUGCCUUAGAACUGUAUAAUAAGAUGAAGGCACCUGGUUCACUGACCGCACCAGAUAUUCACACUUACAACAUACUGCUGGGAAUGUUCAGCAAGCUGAAUCGACAUGGAACUGUUAUGGACAUUUGGAGUGAUAUGUGUGAAAGCACUGUGGGUCCUGAUCUUGAUUCAUACACUUUGUUGAUCCAUUGCUUUUGUGAUAGUCAGAAGUGGAGGGAAGCAUGUCAGUUCUUCAUGGAGAUGAUCGAGAAAGGUUUUCUUCCCCAAAAGAUCACCUUUGAGACACUGUAUCGUGGUCUAAUACAAGCAGAUAUGCUGCGGACCUGGAGAAGGCUUAAGAGAAGGGUUGAUGAAGAAGCAGCAAAAUUUGGCGAUGAGUUCAAACUCUACCACAUGAAGCCUUACAAGAGGUGACCAUUCAUGAUUGGGGUGCUGUCAUGAACACACUUGUCAGUUGUGACCAAGGACAAAAUUGAUUUCUCAAAAAUGAAACACAUCAUACCAUCUUGAGCUCAAUCUGUGGCAAGAUAGUGGUGGAGGAACUGGAGCAGGGUCUCUGGUGAUGAGAGCCGGAGGUGACGAGUGAGACAGCAGCUGGGCUCAACAAGGGGUCGCACAAUGACAAAAAGUGUGUCCAGAUCACUGACGGUGUCUGCAGCCUCGUUAACAAAAGAGUGCGCGUGCAUCAAGGAUGAGGCCCUGGUGCUGGAGGUGGCUUCAGUGUUGCUGUUGGUGCCAUCAUGCAUUCAUGCCUGUGCCCCCUCCCCUUGAUGCGAGGCGGGCACUGUCCCUGCAUGAAGUUCCCACCAGCAACCAGACAGAUCAAGACCGCAACCACCACGACUACUGCUACCUUUGACAUGGUCUCUGUUCAAUCUGCCGUCCACCUCAAACGGACUUCCCACACCACAUCUGCAAUUCCCAUACUCCAAAACCAGCCAGUGCCAGGCCAUGCAUGCAAUUGCAGCCUCUCGACGCUGACAAGCACGGCCAGAGCCGCUGGAACCACUUCCCCGUUGGUAAAUUAGAGGUCACCACCACGUUGUAAGGUACUACGGUUUUUGUCUUGAUGCCUUGGUGGAUGGGUAUGGGCUGACCGCUGACGUGGUGCCAACAAAGGCAACACUGGGAAGUGAUAUUUGUGAAUUAGAGGUUCCGUGAAUGGCACUACAAUUUAGGUCAUCCAGAUUUUUGCUAUAGUUGGGGAGAGGGGAAUUAGACAUUUUUUCCUUCAUGUUGUAAUCAUAUGUUUGUAACCUUGUUCUGCACCUUGCUAGAAAAACGGUAGUUCAAGGAACCAACUCU